AUGGUUGACGAGCUAGUCGUACGAUGUUUGAAUAAUGAGCGUGGAUGUACCUGGAAAGGACGUAGAUGGGAAAUAGAGAACCAUGUCAAACACUUAUGUGGCUAUACUGGAGUCCAUUGUAACGGUAUAAGAAGUACAACAUCCCCUGAUCAUUCGAAUGAAGAAACAAACAAAAUUAAAGAAUUACAAGAGGCAGAUGAAACAAUCAACUGUCAACUUUUGGUGGAACGAAGAUUCAGCGAGGAUCAUGAUGUGUGCGUUCACUUGAUUUAUGGCUGUCUGCUUUGUGGUGCGGAAGUCACUAGAGUGACGGAGGGCCAACAUUUGUUAGAGGAAUGUCCUUUGAACUUUGCGACUUGCGAACUAUGCCAAAACGAUAUGAUACCACACAAAAGUAUGAAGAAGCAUAACGAGAAUUGCCGUAAAUCAGGCAGAAAGCGUUGUCCAGCUCACGAAAUAGGCUGCGAGUGGACAGGCAACAAUGAACCUGCCUUGGAAAUUCACUUGCAAGGUGGUAAUUGUAUGUUCAACCUGCUACUACCAUUUCUCAAGACAACUGAAUCUCGUAUUUCGGAAGUGGAAAACGAAAACAAAUACCUUCGUAAGCAGAUUCAAUACAUCUUGGAUAGUAUUGUCCAGGGCAAGGUUACCAACUUAGGGUACAGUGAGUCAUUAGAAGAGAUUGGAACAAUAACAAAAGAUAUCGCCAGGCUACAAGAUCAAAAUCGAUUGCUACACUUGGAUUAUGAAAUUGAGAGAUUGCGUUCCGAACUCGAUGAGAAAAUCAACCCAUUCAUGGAAAGAGAGGCUAACAACUUGUCUGACCAACAAGCUGUUUUGAAUGGUUUGGUGAACGAUAAUUGCAUGAUGAAGGACGAAAUGAACUUACAGAGAGCGUUAAUCAAUAGCCUAAGAAAGCAGGUGCAGUUUUAUUCCUUCCGCAACAGACUGCACAUUUCGCCAGGUACAAUGAUCCAGUCAUUAGAUGUGGAUGAUUCUCAAUCGCCUUCCAGAUCUAGUUCAGAAGAACGCAUCAAUUUGAAAUUAUAG